GGGAAAGAUGGCGUCCUCUAACAAUCCUCGCAAAUUUAGCGAAAAAAUCGCUUUGCAUAAUCAGAAACAGGCGGAGGAGACUGCUGCGUUUGAAGAAGUGAUGAAAGACUUGAACAUCACCAGAGCUGCACGGUUGCAGUUACAGAAGACCCAGUAUUUGCAACUAGGGCAGAAUCGUGGACAGUACUAUGGAGGCUCACUGCCCAAUGUCAAUCAGAUUGGAAAUGGCAACAUUGACCUGCCUUUUCAGAACUCGGUGCUGGAUACCAGUCGGACAACCAGGCACCACGGGCUGGUGGAGCGUGUUUACCGUGACCGGAACCGCAUCACAUCUCCUCACCGCCGGCCACUGUCAGUCGACAAACACGGACGCCAAAUUGACAGCUGUCCUUACAGCUCAGUUUACCUCUCCCCACCGCCAGACACUAGCUGGAGAAGGACAAAUUCGGACUCUGCCUUACACCAGAGCGCCAUGAAUCCGAAGCCCCAGGAGGUGUUUGCAGGGGGAUCACAGGAGCUGCAGCCAAAACGAGUACUGCUGCUAACAGUGCCUGGGACGGAGAAUUCAGAGUCAAAUGCAGACAAGGAUGCGCAGAAACAGUUGUGGAAUGAUAAGAAGGAUGAUGCAUCAAAGCCCAACGCGUGUGAUGUCCCGGGAAUCAAUAUAUUCCCAUCACCAGACCAGGAAUUGAACCCAUCCGUGCUCCCAGCUGCACACAACACCGGCGGUUCGCUGCCUGAUCUGACUAACAUCCAGUUCCCUCCUCCGCUAUCCACCCCGCUGGACCCCGACGACACCGUGGCCUUCCCCUCCCUCAGCUCGUCCAACAGCACAGGCAGCCUGACCACCAACCUCACCCACCUUGGCAUCAGCGCUGCCAGCCACGGGAUCCCUACCUCCUCUCAGCCCACCAUGACUGUCACGGCACAGCGCCGGCAACCUCCUGUGGUGCCGCUCACCCUCACCUCUGACCUCCAUCUUCAACAGUCCCCGCAGCAGCUCUCACCCACCCUGUCCUCACCUGUUAACAUCACACAAGCCGUGCCAACGGAGUCGUUGACCCUGGAGCAGCAGCUCGCCCAGUACCCCCUGUUCAACCAGUUGACGGCUCAGGCCCAGGCCCAGCUGCUCAGCGACCUGCAGAAGCAGCAGCAGGCCCUGCCGCAGGGCAUCCAGCUCAUCGCCUUGCCAACUCAGGCCUCUACUGGUACAGUCACCGCCACUGCAAGCAGCCCCUCACCAGACAGCCAGACGACCGCCAGCAUCAGCAUCAGCUCGUACCGCAAUCAGACUGGCUCACCAGCCACUCAGUCUCCAACCUCCCCAGUCUCCAAUCAAGGCUUCUCCCCCGGCGGCUCGCCUCAACACAUCCCUGUGGUGGGCAGUAUAUUUGGCGACUCCUUCUAUGAUCAGCAGUUGGCAUCGAGGCAGACCAAUGCACUUUCUCACCAGCUGGAGCAGUUCAACAUGAUCGAGAACCCCAUCAGCUCCACCAGCCUUUACAACCAGUGCUCCACCCUCAACUACACACAGGCGGCCAUGAUGGGCCUCACUGGGAGCAGCCUACAGGACUCUCAGCAGCUGGGCUACAGUAACCACGGCAACAUCCCCAACAUCAUCCUAACAGUCACAGGCGAGUCUCCUCCGAGCCUCUCCAAAGAGCUGACCAACUCUCUGGCCGGUGUUGGUGAUGUCAGCUUCGACGCAGACUCUCAGUUUCCUCUGGACGAGCUGAAGAUCGAUCCACUCACCCUGGACGGACUGCACAUGCUCAAUGACCCCGACAUGGUGCUCGCCGACCCCGCCACCGAGGACACGUUCAGGAUGGACAGGCUGUAACGUUAGAGGCCGACUGUGGCCAAGAACAAGAAGGGGAAAAAAAAAAAAAAAAAAAACACACUAACUUGUGAAUGGAGAGAAGCAAAGGGCAGGAUGAACCCUCUCCCUCGUUGCAUGGCUGUCCAGCUGUCCGACCUCGCCCUCGACUCCGUGAAGCCCUUUGAAACGAUGCGCCACCAAAAGACAACAGGGAAAAAGACAUCCAGUGGCUUGCCGGGGAAUGGCCUCGCUGUCGUUUUGAAUGAGAUUGGUCGCUCAGCGCUUUCGCUAGCCUGCUGUGUUUACAGUGUACCAUUACAUGCCACAUAUAUUCCAAAAACGCACAUUUGACUUUUUUUUUUUUUUUUUUUCUUUUCAUAUCCACUGUACUAUUUGUUUUUGUUCAUAAUUUGCUCGUAGCAGGAAGCUGCUAGGACAUUGGGCUAAACCAUUCCCGUUAUAACGGCUGUGUUCAAAAACAAACAAAAAAGAAAAAAACUUUGCUUUCCUGUACCCGGCAAUCAAAUGAAUCGGUUUUUCCCAUCAUGCCGUAACGGCUUUCUAUUUCACACUCAAAGCUUUAUUUUUUGACAACCAAAUGUUAUUUUCAUCAUGUACUGUAUGUUUUGAUGCUUUAUGUAUUUAUAUGUUCUAUUUAUUUAUUUGGUUAAAGAUUUUAUAUUCCAUUUCAUAAUUUAAAUUUGAUGCCAAAAUGCUCUCUGUAGGCAUAGUGUAAAAUUGCACUGAUGUAAUUUGUGUCUAUUUAUUAAUUACUAACAUAUUUAUAUAUGUGUUUGUUAAGCUACUUGGUUAAUGAAGGAGUGCAAAACCUCCCCAUAGUUGCUCUUUGGUGUUCGAUGUGCCAUUCUCUGAUGUGGGACGUGGUAGACGUUGCCAUGCUGCAGCCCAGCGGUCAAAUCAAAAUGUCAUAGUUUCCAGAAAUGGAUUUGGGUUUUAUGCCAUUUGAAUUAAUUCUUUUCUGAGAAAAUCAUCAGGUAUUUCUAUUUAACUAGAAAGCAAGAGAAACAUGUCCAAAUUCAUUUUCUGCCAGUGAAAAGCCAAUAUCCAUGCAGACUGAAGCUGUCUGUUUUUAAACCAGAGAACACUAAAAUCUUAAAUCUUUUUCACUGUGAAAUCACCUGAUUUUGCCUUACAUGAGUAUUCUACUGUUCUACUUAAGUGUCUAAUGUGACAGCGUAUUUUCGUAACUUAUUGUAACAUUUUUCUUGUAUUUGAGAGGAACUUAACUUUUGAUUAGUGAUACUUGUGGUUAUGUUGUGUAAGGUUUGACAAAUCAAUGUACUGUAUUUUGUAGCGGUACAGUUUAUAGCCAAAUUGUUGAUGUUUUUUAAAGUGGGGCAAAAAAAAAAAACUAAAUGAAAAAAACUCAAAAGGACGGGUUUAAAGUGUUUGAGAAGUAGUGCAAUUAUGGGGAGGCUUUUUGCUCCUUGACAGGGAAGCUCUAACAAAAACGCUACUGACCUUUGCAACAGGGGUCAUCAAUAACAAAAGUACCAUACAGCAAAUAGGGGUUUUAAAUAUUGAUUGAAGGAUAUGUAACAGUAUCAAAGCCUUCAAAUGGUUGUAUUCGUUAGACGCCGUCUUGCAGUCUCAGAGUUUAUGAAGAUAAGGAUAUUUUUAUUACAGUGAGUAAACUGAAUGAAGUAGAAAAAGGCUACGUAAAGAUUAUGUUUAAGAAAGAAUAUGAGUGUAUUUAUAUAUUUAAAGUAUUUUAUGCAAUUUUUUUUUUUUUGCCAGCACCAACACCGGCCCCGUUCCAUUCAAAACAAGCAGGGAUCUAAUAGAGUCUAAAAGAGUUCACACAAAUCUGAAAAUGUACAUCCCGACAUCAUCUCUAGCUACGUCCAUGACACAGUUGUCUUUUGCCAAAAAUGUGUCAAAACAAAUUGUGUCAAAUUUUAAGAUUCACGUCAGAUGUCGGUCCGCUUCAGCCUUUUGUCAGAGUUUCCCUGAGAGUUGUGUGUAGGUCUGUGGGAUCAUGUUUGGUAUAUUGUAAUGUUCAUGUACAGACGUGCUAAUCAUUUACUCACCUAAAGCGCUGUUGGGAAAAGUUCCCAACCCCCUCCCCUCCUCUUCCCGAAAAGGAAUCACGUUUGGUUUACUGCACUCCUCUACAGUUGUACAGUUGGUUUCAGUUGAAGUGUUUCUUGUCUGCUGUACACCUCCAUCAAAGGUUUUGUUUGCCUUCAACAGAUCUGUGAUUCCUAUGCAAAUGAGACAAAAAAUGACCCUCAAAGGAAAAAAAAAAAAUCCACCUGCUGAUGUUUUAUUGUUUAACACAUUCCAGGAGUUAAGCUGGAUUUAUGCUUCGGAGAUGGUGUGGUAAUGGAGACCUCCUCAAGAAUGUAACUACACACUGCAGCUACAGCUGGAAGUGUGAUUGGUCAGCUUGGCCUGCUUGUGUUCUCUGUGACCUGUUGCUGAUGCUGGUAGAAAUCGCUGACAGUCACAUUUUCAAGGGAGGGUCAGUAAUCUCCUCUUCAAUAUCACUCCACAAAUUUAUAUUGUGAGCUAGAGAAGCCACAACUUUCCCUUUUGCAGUAUUGCACAUCUAAAUUAUUACUAAAUUAUUACUUUUGUGCAUAAGAUAUACAAACUUGUACAGACAUGAUAGAGACAAGGAUUUCAAGGGCUCUGUUGACCGUCACAAAAUAACAGAAAAAGUGGAAAUGAUGAAUGAUCAUCUCUGUUCAGCUGCUGGACAAAUGUGUGUUUUUGAGAUUAAGCUCCUUUGUAUCCCUAUAGAACAUGAAAGAAAAGAUGUAGUCUUCUUUAGUUGGAGAGUACAGUGUAUAAUGAGUGCAGGACGUGGAGUUUUGCAGUGGUGCUAUGACAAUCAACGAGUGAAAUCGUACGCUGAGCUAUAAAUGAAUCUGCCAGAGAAGCAUAAAUCCAGCUUUACUUUGAAAUGAAGUGUCUUUUCUUUCUUUUCUUUUUCUUUCUUUUUUUUGUACAUCACUCACCCUGCCUGUUCUGUCUCUAAUCACUCUUGGAUAGUCUCUACAUUUUUCACAAUUCCCGUCCACCUUAAUGCAUACUUCCUCUCUGCCUCUUCUAUGAAUUUCUUCCUGUGUGACUGUUGAACUUUGGUGCGAAACUGCUGCUCCAGAAAGAAACCCUUUCUCUCUAAUCCUAAAGGAACUGAUGCCAAACUUGACCUACUCUUAAUGUUUUAGAUCAGUGGAACAUUUUACUGUAGUGAAACAUUUGUCACGGGCCAGGUACUCAUUGAAGGAAGAAAAAUAAACAAAACAAAAAAAAAAAAGGCCCAGAAAUGCACAACACUUUACCAGGAGCUGAUUUUGUGUAUCUAAAGUUGGGAUUUUUCCUCAGAGUCACUGAAACAAAUGUAUAGAGCUCAUUCUUUACAUGUUUCCAAAGGUUUUUAUUCCUAAAAGAAAAAAAAUACGUAUUGUCUUAGACCCGAACGUCACUGCUGCGUUACCAAUAAUGCCAGUGUGUUGAGCUUUCCUGUCAUUUCUUUUCUCUCAUCCUGCUGAAUAACAGUCAUUCACACUGACCUUGUACAUACACUAUAGCUGAAACAAAAUGCAUGACUAAACUGACAGUCCAAACCUCUAAAUGAGAAAAGGCCUUCUAUAGCUCCGCAGGUUUGAUUUGUGUAACAUAAAGCUAUCACCAAGUCUGAAGGGAUGCAUGUAUGGGUCUCUCCUGAGCGACAGUUAACUCCUGUUAAGUGACUCUGUUACCUCCAUCUCUGUAUAAUGCUACUUCACGAAUGAUAAAAGAAUGUAUUUUCUGUGGCAGUGUCCUAGUUUGAGCCUGUUGCCAAAUGACCUGACGCUUGGAGUUUUCUGGUCCCGGUCUUCUUCUCUUCUCUGCUCUUCGGUUGUCUCUUUCCUCCUCCCAAAAAAACAGACUGUUGCUCGUUCCACUCUCUCUCUUUCUCUCUCUCUCUCUCUCUCUCUCUCUCUCUCUUCCUACUGUAGCAUCUCACUGCGUACGAGUCGGUGUAAACAGGCGAUUCUCAUACUGUCGAUCCGGCCGCCUCCUCUCCGUCAUCACAACCUUUUGGCUUUCUUGAGAGAAUGAAAGGAGGUUCUGUCUCGCCAAGACGGCAGGUUGUGGGAGCUUCUGCAUUACGCAGGCAGCUGCAUGACAUGACAGACACAUUGAGCAGAUUCUUAUCCCAUGUUAUGUACAGGACUUAAAUCUAGCUAUGCUGAAGUGGAGUGUGUUUUAAGACAUCAGAUAUGAUUGUUUUAUGUUGUCGUUGCCUAUCAUGUCAGGUUCUGGACUGGGUAAAGUGUAAUUCUGUUUUUUAUUUGAUUUUUUUUAUGUUUUUGUGCAGUGUUUAGUCCACUAGUUGCUUGGCACUUUAUUUGUGACCUCCUGGCUUUUGAGCAGGGACUGUUCUGCCCGAUGUGAAUGCUGACUGUUUCACACCAGAUGUAUACUCCGGAGAUAUUUUCAUGUCAAAGAAAAGAUGACUUCUAUAUUUUCCUUUGUAAACUAUAUUUUGGCUUGUCUUGUUUUUUUUUUGGUUUUUUUUUUGUUAUUUGUUUUGUUUUGUUUUUUAUCUGUGAAGAUUUUAGGAGAUGCAAAACUAGAAAGGGCUUACUCCAGUGCAGCUUGCGCUCUUGUGUUGGAAAAGAACGGCGCUCCGAAUGUAUUUCUCUGUUGGUCAUUAUCCCCCACAUGAAAACCACAUUGAGCGAUUCACGCUUCACACAGUGACACUAGAUCGGCCUCAGUGCAGCAGUUAGUUGCAGUUUGCGUCUUGACUUUGGCCACACGAACUGCUGCCAACAGAGAACUGCACUGAACGCUGCUGCAACACAGUCUCACUUCUUGAAAUGAUCCAAACUCUGAAAUGCAGGUUACAUGUUUUGGACAUGAAGAAGGUGAUUCCAUCAAAAUGAAAGCAUGUGGCCCAGGUCUUCCCCGGGACACCACGCUCUACCAGAGGUUCCCAGCUGCCAAAAAACAUCUGGUCGAUAAAGCGUGGUGUGCUGGAGAAGAGAUGCCAGACAUGAGACAUGAAGACAUAAAGUGGUGACAUAUGUGACAGGGGUGUUAAUGUAGUUGCCAUUUUCACUUGUCACACAAAGUGAACAAUGACUGUGUAACACUGGUGAAGGUUAGAAUUAAAUUUAGGCAACUUAACGACUUUGAAUAAAGUUAGGACAAUGUAGAAAAAAAAAAAAGAAGAAGCGGUUAAUAAGGUAAAAGAAAUGUAACCAUUGAUCAUCAGAGCUGAAGCUUGGUCGUGGCUACUUCUCACAUGUAGAGCCUGAAUUUGCGUUUUAAAAUACUGGAAACAAACUUCUCAGGCCGAUGAACAAAGAAUUGGAGGUCCAUAUUCCAAACAUUAAACAGAAGGAUGACCUCAGAGUAUAUUUUACUACGUCCCAUGAACUGUUUGGUUCUGACUCAUCUGCUUGUUUUAGUUUAAGACUCCCCUCGCUUGCAUUACUUCUUAGCACAGCCCAUGUUUAUGCUGUGUUAAAAAAAGCAGUGAAGCUAAAUCUGGGUCCAAACUGAAAAAGCAGAUGAGUGAAGUUCAUACAGGCGUCCUGUGUUUCAAGGUUUAUCCUCAAUCCCAGAGCAAAAGGAAAGAGCUGCUGCUCGGUCUUUACUGCUUGUUCCCAGAGUGUUUUAGGUCUGAAAUGUCCCUUUAAUAACACAGGGUUUUCUACAUCGACUAAAAGGCUCUGGAAAAACAGUUUAAAUUCCACGUAAAGCUUAUAGUGAGAAUAGCAUUAUAUCACUGUUGUCCUGUUAGUCGUAGUAAAAGAUCUGUAGUUAUUUAUUUGUUGCCAUGUGAUUCUCCUUAUGUGACAAUUUGUUUAUAAGAUGAAAGAAAAAUGUCAAUUAAAUUGAAUGUGGAAGAUUUUUCUCUGCACAUAGUCUUGAUUGGAGAAUAAUGCUGGUUUAAAAAAAAAAAAAAAAAAAAACUGUCCGGUGUCAUUUUACAACAUCACAGCGUGUUGCUGUGGACAUGCAUGAUGUUUCGAUCCUGUUGUAUAUUGUCUUUGCUAUCGUUUCUAUUUUGUAAUCUGUAUUUCAAAAUGCAAAAUUUAAAAGAUUAUUUUGGA